AGAUGCUCUGUCAUCUUCGUAAACAUCAAAACAUUUCACAAAUUUACGAUAAUUUUUAUAUUUUCAAACCUCAUAUCGAAUAUCCGCAUGAACUUACGACUUUAAUAAUAUACAGCUCUUUUAAAACAGAUAUUAUAACUAUUAUGAAUGAUAUAAAGCGCCUAAAAGAUCAACAAAGAGAAAUCCAUCCUGGAUUUGAUUCAUAUAUGGAGUGCAUGUCAAGAUCACUCUUCACUGGUUUGGCUACAUUUUGGCUGGGAUUUUCCGGUUGCUAUUUUACUCAAAAAAUCAUCCAAACUAAAUUAGCCUAUCCUCGUCAGUGGAAUAUCCUUAUCUCAUCUCUGGCAGCUGUUGGCUUAUCCUACAAAGUCACCGCCGAUCGCACGAAGGCUUGUCAAGCUGCGUGGAUGGCAGCGGAAGAUAAACACACAAUCUUAAAAGAAGAAACCUUUUAAUUAUUUAUAUUUAGACUAAGAAUAAAAAAUUAUGUUAAGAAGGCAA